GUAUAUAAACGAGAGGUCCUUAGAUUUACAUCAUUCGAGAUCGUACUUUGUCUUAAUUCAUACGAAUUUGUGAAUUUAAAAAUCAAUAUGGCUAAAUUCUUGAUUGUCGCACUGGCAUUAGUAGCCGCAGUAUCUGCACGACCAGGCUACGGCGGUGGUAUCGGGGGCAGCAGCGGUGGUUAUGGCGGCGCUAGCAUCGGCCUCGGUGGUCAUUCUGGCCUCGAGGGCGGUGUGGGUGGACAUGGCCAUAGCGGUUUUGGCGGCCAAGGGGUCGGCGGUGGCUUCGGAGGCGGACAUGGCGGAGGUCUCCAUGGACAAUCCAGUUACGGUGUCGACAGCGGCUUUGGCAGCGGAAUAGGUGGUCACGCUGGGGGUCUCGGUAGCGGAAUAGGUGGCCACUCCGGGGGUCUCGGUGGAGGAAUUGGCGGUGGCCACGCUGGAGGAUUUGGCGGUGGCCACGCUGGAGGUCUUGGAGGUGGAAUAAAGGGUGGCCACGCCGGCGGCAUCGGUAGCGGAAUUGGAGGAGGCGUUAACGGAGGUUUCGGUGUUCAUGGUGGAUUAGGUGGUUACGGUGGCAGCGAAUACGGUCACGGACACGGCCAUUAAGAGUUAUUUUAAUAUUGUUGUGUACUAAUGUUUUUGUACUACGUCUCUAACCUGUGAUUAACAAUAAAUUUUUUAUAAGGAAAUG